GCGGUGUGGCAGCGGUUACGGCCGCGAAUUAGCUCGGGCCUAGUGUACGGGUACUCGUCCACUCCUUCUUGCUGUUAUCCUCGCUCUUCUCCCACGGCGCCUCCGGGAGGCCUUGGCGCCCUGAGCGCCCAAGCGAGUGUCUGUCGGCAGUUUCGUAGAGGGCCAUGGAGGUGCGGCCGCCGGCGCCACGGAGCUUCCUCCGCAGGGCGCUGAGUCCUUUUCCUCGGGUCUUUGCUGCCGAAGCUGUGGCCGCCCAUCCCAAGGCUCUUGUGGAAGACCAGAAGCUGCCUUCCUACGUGCCAGAACCCCAAUACCCGGAAUCCGGAUGGGACCGCCUCCGAGAGCUGUUUGUCAAAGAUGAACAGCAGAGAACGUCAAAAGAACUUCAGGAUAUUUACAAGGCGGCAGUUUCAGCAGGCAUCAUUGGCUGGGCAUAUGGGGGGAUACCAGCUUUUAUUCAUGCUAAACAGCACUAUAUUGAGCAGAACCAAGCAGAAAUUUACCACAACCAGCUUGAUGCAGUGCAAUCUGCACAUCGUGCUGCCACACGAGGCUUCAUCCGGUAUGGCUGGCGCUGGAGUUGGAGAACGGCCAUGUUUGUGACUAUAUUCAAUACAGUGAACACUGGUCUAAAUGUGUACCGAAAUAAAAAUGCCCUAGGCCAUUUUGUCAUUGCAGGAGCUAUCACUGGAAGUCUUUUUAGAAUAAACUUAGGCCUGCAUGGCUUGGUAGCUGGUGGCAUAAUUGGAGCCUUGCUGGGCACUCCUAUAGGAAGCCUGUUGAUGGCGCUUCAGAAGUACUGUGGUGAGACAGUUCAGGAGAGAAAACAGAAGGAUCGAAAAGCACUUCAGGCGCUGAAACUGGAAGAGCGGAAAGCCAGACUACACUUUACUGAGCUCCUCCCUGAAGAAAUUGAAAGUAAUUUACAGAAAAAUCGAUCCAAGGCUGAUGCUAAGAAAAUUGAAGCACUGCUAAAUCUUCCUAGAAAUCCUUCGUCAGCAGAUAAACAAGACAGAGACUGAACAUGCUCUGGACUUAAAACUCAUUGGAGGGUUGAAAGCUGUGUUGCUAUGUCCAUUGAAUGCCAGUUAAUUGGGCUACUGACAGAUGUAAGCACUGGCAUCUGUAGUGGCAGUGACUUGCUCUUACUUUUUUUUUUAACCAAGAAUUGAGCUAUUGUACUCUAACUUUACUCAUCCUUAAAUUUAAGUACAUACUUACAUCUACAUUGAUUGAUCUAUAUAUUUAACAUUAUAUCUAUAUUGACUGAUCAAUAUAGAUUUCUUUUCCCUGGAUUAUACAAUAGUAAAUUAAGAUUUCCCAAAAGGUUAAAGUUGAAUUGUACAGCUUGUAAAUUUAUUCUUGUAGC